AAACAGCUGUGCUUAAAUGUUCAGACCAGAUGGAUUAUGUCAUGAAAUAGUAUAUUCGUUCAAAAUUAUCAGUCAUGUUCCAUAGGGUUGCAGCCAGGAUAUACCAGGGGAACAACUUUUGCCCUGUGAAUGCCCCUUGACUGUUUAACAUGCUCAUUGUCACUUUCAUCGCUAUUUCGUUAACAGCCUAUUUGCUACCUGUCUUAUUCUAGGUGAGCAAGUUUUGGAAAGACUUAGUGUCGAUCGGUGAUAUUAUCAAAACAGAAAUACAGUACAGCACUCUGAGGGAACAUUCAUCAAUUUUGCUCGAUACAGGCGAGUUUGAAUAUUACCAGGAGGAAUCUAGCAAUGGGGGACAACUUUGUGCUGUAGAAAAUCAAGAGUUGAUGUCAAGAUCGGAGGAAGCGAUUGCAGGGAUACAUGAUAGCCUGACACAAUUACAAACUUACGCAGAUGAGAGCAAAGACGGCUACAAAUUUACUAUAUUACAGCUUCUUCAAGGGUUGAGGAUUUUGGAAAAAUCUCUGAAGGACCAUCCUUUAGUCGCGUCAGCAUCCACGUUAGAAGAAGAGCAUUACUAACACUACAAAAACAUUCUCUUUUUAAUCUCAAGACAUAUAAAUUAAGAUUUCAGUUUUUCGCUUGCUCUGAAUUAAAGAAUGGAUCCGUACUAUAAAAUGUGGCAACAGGGGCCACCGCCAUCACCGCCUCCGGUUCAGCAGCUGCCAAUGUUGCCCGCUCAGUACCCAUUUCCCCAAGUGAAUUUCCAUGGGAAUCCGAAUGGCGACGAGUUGAAGUAUCCGAAGAAGGAGUUCUAUCCACCUUACCAAGAACCCAACAGGAUGAACUAUUCUCUGGUGCCAUAUGCACUGCAACCGCCGCCACCUUACGGAAGGCCGCUACCACCCACUCCACCUCCGCCGCACCAAAUGAUGCCAUUGCUACCGCCACAACCGCAGCUGAUGCCUCCGUUGACGCCUCCGGCACAGAUGCUGCCUCCGUUGCUGCCUCCAAUACCUCUACCUUACAUAAUGAACCAACCUUACCAGUACAACUGGAACCUCAGGUACAAGUGGUACCCUCCGCCUAUGGUCAACUGGCAGGUGAGACCUUUUGUGUACCAACCGCCUCUUCAGCAACACUAUUCCAUCGCGUCGAACAUUCAAGAGCCGCCUCCGCGGCGAAAACCCUUCGGCCUUCCUUCCACUGGCACUUGGACUCGAUUGUCGUCUGAAAAUUUUGAGUUCAAACCUUCUCUCUACCCUGAUCCGAGCGUGAACUUCGGCGUUUUCGGCCAAAGCCAGCUCGUAAGCCUGGGCCUGAGAAAUCUGACGAAGAAAGACGUGUCUUUCCCACCGGCCAAGUGCGAAGAGACAACCAGUUUUAAAAACGAAGAAAUCGACAAAAACGUAUUCCCAGACGCGUUGCCCUCGUUGAUGCAGAUGCUGUCCCGCGGGCCCCUCUCCUCGUUGUCCAAUAUAAAAAUCGAGACUCCGCGAGGCACGGAAUGUUGGAGGCCGCUCAAUCAGAUUCAUUCCAAAUCGAGGAUUAAAUCCGAGCAGAGGAGAGAUGUAAGUCCGGCGAGCUCAUUCUGGCAAACAACGCCGAUGGCAAAUUCACAAUUUAAGGUUUUCAGGGAGGGGAACCGUGAAAUGCAAGAAAACGACUUACAAAUCGGGCCGGAAAAAGACGAUUCCCAAAGUAUGUACCCCCUUUCCGGCGAUAGUCAAUUCAAGUUACCAUCAAAAAAGUUGAUCGGAAUCGAAUCUGAGUACGUUUUAAAAGUGGAGAAUUACGAAAGUUCCAGUUGUCCAUCGCAGCCGGAGAAAAUGGAAGACGAAGUGAUGAAGAUGGUCAGCGCGGCCUCCUCGCUCAUCGUGCCCCAUCCGUCCAGCAACCCGUACAUGAACUCGCCUCUUCCGGACGAAGAAGGGCAGUACCAACUGAAAUCGAAAUCCUCGAAACUCGAAGAGCAUUCGACCUCGUCUUCUACGAGCCAGACGAGCGAGAACAUUACGCCGGAAUCCUUCGCCCAGGGCGACAGGGAGAAGCCCAAAGUCAAACUGCACGCCAAGCACAUCGAAGAAGUCACCGUCAACAUACUGACCAUGUUCGCUCACCACGAGGGGCAAGACGAUUCCGGGUCUGGAAAAUGGAAUCCCGAAAGGAUAGUCGAUCUCGGGACGGACACAGAGACCAACAUAAAGUUCCUCAUGCACCUUCUGACUUCGGACAUACAGGAACUGGGCAGGAGUUUGACGAGGAGGCAGAAGCGAGACUUGGCGGGCAUGAUCGAAGUCCAACUCGGUAGGUUUAAGCUCACUGGCUCGUCGUGGGCGUCCGUCUGCGAGGAUAUCGUCAACGGGCUCAACAACCGGAUCGUCCUUCUGGAAAAGCUCAUGCCGCACUUCGCCCACUCGAAAGAGGUCGAGUACAGCUGAGAGCGUUUUCCACAAAGUAAGGAAAUCGUCGGAAGCGUUUCUGUUUACUCGAAUGGCUGCUUCCUAACAAUUUUCCCAUGAAAAUCAAAAUAAAACAUGUUAAUUUCAAA